UUCCCUAGUUAUAUAUGGGCUUAACGAAAUCGACAAAUUGAUUAAAAUAAAUGAAAAAUAAAAUUUAAAAAAAUCGACCAAUAGAAUUAUAACAAUUUUUCUGAGAAGCUCUAUAUUAAUGUCACGUCAGCAGAAAUCACUAAAGUGACUUCUCUUUUAAUAUACAGGGGAUAUAUAUAUCAGUGGCAUUGUGUUAUAACAAAACUGAAUAAAAUAAGCCGUUUUCAGAUGUAUUUAGUUAAAAAUUAAAUCCUUUUUGGGUAGACUCUUCAUAAUAGCCUCAGUUCUCCCUGGUCUAGAGAUUAAAAGAUGCAAUUUUUGUCAAGAUAGAUUCUAGUAAACAGAGUUUGAUGAAUAUUAGAUAUGGUGGCCAUUGUAUAAUUGAAAAGUUGUGGUAAUGGUGGGGACAAAUUGAAACAAGUCAAAUUACGCAGAUGAACUUCUCAAAUCUUUCCCGCCACCAACCUCCAUCUUCCUCUCAUCUCUCUUCCUCUCUCCAAUCUUCUGUUUUUUGUUCAAAUAUAAGGACACUAAUCACAUUCUUAAUGCAAAACUAAACUCAUAAACGAAACCAAAUGCCCAUUAUUGUCAUUGAUGAUUCUUUCAAGAGACCAGGAACUGUGCCUUUCAGCUGGGAGAUCCGACCCGGUGUACCCAAGACCCCACCCGGAAACACGCCUCUUCUCCAACUCCAACCUCCCAAUUAUCUCUCUCCUCUCCGUUUAAAACCAUUGUCUCACUCUCAACCAUUUCUCCCGCCGGCGCUUUCUCCGCCGUCGUCUUCUUUCAUCUCCAAAUCCAAGAGCCGUUCUUUAUCUCCUCUCGCUCCUUCCUUCUCUACUCCAUCAAAGCUCAAACCGCCACCACCGUCGCACUCUAGUUUCUACUCUUCGGGACCUUCUUUCCGUUCUUCCCCGCGUGCUUUCUCGGAGCGUUGGCAGUUAAACCGUACUCGAUCCGAGUCCGAUCCCAGACCGGACUUUGCUUUUGCCGGACUCGGGUGUUUCCCGACACCUAAGUUCAGGUUGAGAAAGAACAAGAGCAGCGGUGGUCUGAGAAAAACUGGGUCGAGGUUGGAGCGUGGUUACUGCUCUGAUAUGGAGACGAUGUCGCCGAGGACUGUUUCUAGCCGGAGAUCAGUUUCUCAGAGAUGGGACUCGCCGAAGUCGUCGUCGUUCUCUUCGCUCUGAUUCUCGCCACGACUCGCUGACGAAGCUGAAUGGGGCGGGUUUGGGCUAUUUUGAGCAUAUAUUAAUUAAAUGGGCCGCGAUUAGUUCAUUAGCCAUCCGAUUCUGAACCAGCAAAAGUCUAAAUCAAAUUUGGUUUAGAAUGUAAUAUUCUAAAAUGUAGGGUCCUAAUACGUCUGCUAAUAGAGUUUUAACAUCUUUGUAAUUCUCUAUUUAAUGUUGGAUUGUGGGUGUCUAAAAGACAAAUCCAAAAUUUGGAGGCUCUGAGUGAAGGAAGAAAGAUUAUAAGGAGUAAAAUUUAAAUAUUUUUCUAUAUCCUCUAUAUAUUAAUUGAAAAUAAUUUAAAAAAUAAUAACUUUAUAGUCCUCCUAUACAUUAAAAGAGAAGUCACUUUAGUGAUUUCUGCUGACAUGACAUUAAUAUAGAGCUUCUCAGAAAAAUUGUUAUAAUUCUAUUGGUCGAUUUUUUUGAAUUUUAUUUUUCAUUUAUUUUAAUCAAUCGCUUAUGUAGACAAGCCCAAAACUAUUGUCGAUUUCGUUAAGCCCAUAUAUAGCUAGGGGAUAAUAAUUAUCGAUUUAGUUUAGCCUUGGGCAAGAUUUAGAACUAAGACAAAUAUUAAAAACUUUCCUUAUUAUUCAAAC